GAGCAAACUUCGUGAUCUGAGCUCUUCCCAUUCCGACUCGUGUUAGAAUCAAAUCACUUCGUUCAUCUGGCAGUUGAUGUCUACAGCCACUUCUGCUAAGCCUAGUCUCGCCGGAGUCCGGAACAAACAACGAAAAGGUGUGGCUAAAGCCGCUGCCAAAUUCGAACCAGAGGAAUUUCGCGAUCAGAUUCUCAAGCAUUUAUCAACUUUGCCUGCGAAUGAUUUUGAAGCUGUUGCCGCAAAACUUGAUUCGCUUGGAAAUCAAUUAGAUUAUCGUAAAUAUGAAGGCCCGCUGUUCGAGAUCUUGCUUGUGGGUGGGAUCUUGGCACCAGGAGGAAGCUACGUCGAUGAUGGAGCGGAAAAAAGUCCUUUCAGCAUAAUCACUAGCACUAAGUAUCCUGUUGAUCAAACGGACAUGAAGAAACACGUAGACGUUUUUAACAAACUGAUCAGGCGGUAUAAAUAUUUGCAGAAGCUAUUUGAGGAAAACGCUCUUACCGGCUUAUUACAAUACAUCAAUAAGUUUGAAGGACCUGAUAUGGAGAGACUUGCUUAUGCAUUGGCUCUCUUCAUGUCCACUGGAUUGGCAAGCUCAAAUGUACUACUCACCCUUCAAAAGGAACAUUUAGUAAAGGAUGGAAUCUCCUUGAAAUUUGUCACCAAAGUUUUCAGAGCAUACCUCCAAGUGGAAACGUCAGAUCAUUUAUCUGGAUCCCUUCGACGUGGUGGUGUCACGGAUAUAUAUGGGUUCUUCCCACCCCAUCAACGCGAACGUAGCGAUUUAGAAGCGCACUUCAAAAGUGAAAAAUUGGAUGCUAUCAUCACCUUUGCCCAAAAGCAAAAGAGUGGCCAGAUUCGGGAUGAGACUUUAGCCCACCUGAAAGAGAUGGUCGCAUCCGAAGAACCGCGCGCCGAGAUCAUCGCGUUUCUCCGCGAGCAAGCUCUAACCGGCGUUAUUCCUGACGUCGAGUUCAUUGCUUUAGUAUGGGCUGGGUUGAUGCAUAGUCUCGACAUGGGCAGUCGUCCUGACCAAAUCGUAGACAUGGUGGUCAAAGAAGUGACUGCUGUCGCCCCUGUGUUAGCUUGCUUUUGUGAAAAUGGGCGGACACAAAUUUCCCUAAUCAACACUAUCCAAGUCUGGGCAUACGAGAACACCAAGAUAAUGGGAGCAUUUGCUCGUAUUUUGAAGGAGUUAUAUGCUCACGAUGUCGUAAGCGACCAAGCCGUGUUAUAUUGGCAUAGUAAAGGUAGCAAACCUCAGGCUAGACAACAUUUUCUCAAAUCGAGCGAACCAUUGGUCAAAUUUUUACAAGAACAAGAUGAUGAUGAAGAUGAUGAUUAAAAUAUUUAUCUCUUGCCUCAUUUGCAUAGUGCUUUGAUAUGUCUUGAUAUAUUUUCUCAUAUGGUGGUGUGCAAUCAAUAUCGUCAAUUGGAGAAUUCACAAUAGGGUUGUUCAAUCUAUUGCUUUUCUCGUCAAUGAUCAUGCAGUAAUUGAAGAGCGACAAUUGGUCGAAGGUUUAACCUCGUG